GCUUUCCUGUCAUGUAUGCAGCAGUUAGCUAACUUUCUUUCAGUUCUGAAGCAACUGUGUUCUGCUUGAGGAAACUAAAAAUCAUCUCAUAGCCAUUUAUGACGACCGUAUCUCUCUAGGGCAUUGCAUUUCGACAACAUUAAGAAAUGCUUCAGGCAGUGUGUCUGAGGGGCCUUCUCCUGUUGUUGGUGGGAAGACAGGUUUACAUGGAGGAACAAUGUUUAAAAGCUUCAGUAAACACAUGUGGAGAAUGCAUCAAGUCCGGGCCCGGCUGUGCCUGGUGUAAAGAUUUGAACUUCACCAAGACUGGGCAGCAGGAAGCAGUACGUUGUAACACAGCUGCUAUGCUUAGAAAUGAAGGAUGUUCAUCCAAUGGCAUAAUAAAUCCUAAAAACAAUUUUACAAAAACUUUAAACAAGCCCCUGGGUGCUGGCCCAAGUCCAGUGCAAAUCCAACCACAAGAAAUACAACUUAAUCUUAGACCAGGGUUGCCCGAAACUUUUCAAAUACGUUUUAAAAGGGCAGAAGGCUAUCCAGUGGAUCUCUACUACCUAAUGGAUCUCUCAUACUCCAUGAAAGAUGAUUUGGAGAAUGUGAAACAACUGGGAAAUAGUUUACUUACUGAGCUCAAUAAAAUCACUGGCAAUGCCAGGAUCGGCUUCGGUUCGUUUGUCGACAAAACACUUCUUCCAUACACCGACACCAGUGAAGCGAAGCUCCAACGGCCGUGCUCGGAUAAAAAUGAACCGUGUCAGCCAGCAUUUGGCUUUCAGCAUGUGCUUUCACUGACAAAGGAUGGAAACCUGUUCAGAGAUAUGGUAGCAAAGCAGCAUAUAUCCGGAAACCUGGACCCCCCAGAGGGAAGCCUGGAUGCCAUCAUGCAAGUCGCAGUCUGCGUGAAGGAUAUCGGCUGGGGAAACAGCACUCGAGUGCUGGUGUUGGCCACUGAUGAUGGCUUCCACAUGGCAGGGGAUGGAAAACUUGCUGCCAUUCUGGAACCAAACAAAGAAACCUGUGAGCUGGUCAACAACAAGUACAGCAAGAGCAACCUCUGGGACUACCCAUCUGUUGGACAAAUUGCUCGCAAGCUGGAGGAGCAAAACAUACAACCCAUUUUUGCAGUCACCAAAAAAAUGGAAACUGUGUACACAGAACUGAGCAAAAUGAUCCCUAAAUCUGCAGUCGGAGUGCUCUCUGAAGACUCAAGCAAUGUUGUCAAACUAAUUGUGGAUGCAUAUUAUAACUUGACCUCUGAAGUGAUCAUGGCUCAUGAAGCUGUCCCAGAAUUCAUAUCUGUUAAAUACAAAUCGAACUGUAAAGGUGGAGAAAAUCCCAGUGAUAGAGGGAAAUGUGAUAAUGUGAACAUUGGUAAGGAGGUGAUUUUUGAGGUGACAGUAACAGUAGACAAAUGUAUUACCAGUCAGAGCUUCCACAUCGGGCCAUUAGGUUUUAGUGAAAAACUGAAGGUGAAUGUGCAGACUCGGUGUGAGUGUGAAUGUGAUGAUUUAGAUAAACCUCAUCCUCACUGUGGGGGAAAUGGUAAAGUCGUCUGUGGCAGCUGCAGGUGUGAGCCGGGUUUCUUAGGACAGCGCUGUGAGUGCAAACUAGGCCAAAAGGACGAGGCGUCAUUGAAAGCACAGUGCCGGAAGGACAACGGGACUGAAUGCGAAGGCAAAGGAGAUUGUCAGUGCGGACGGUGUCAGUGCCAUUCUACAGACGGCGGUGGCAAUUUCUAUGGCGAAUUCUGUGAAUGCGACGAUGAACACUGUGAAAAAAUUAACAAUAUUCAGUGUGCAGGUCAUGGCAAGUGCAAAUGUGGUAAAUGUGAGUGUGAUGAGGGCUACGAAGGCACAGCAUGUGACUGCGUAAAAUCAGACAAGGAUUGCAUGACCGAUGAAGGUGUUUGUUAUGAACGUGGGAAAUGUUUAUGUAACCAGUGUAAAUGUGAGAGAGGAUACAGUCUGCCCAAAUGCCAAAAGUGUCCUAAUUGCCAACCUCCAUGUGAUAAGUCAGGGAGUUGUGUUGAAUGUUUGGCCUUUGGGACUGGUCCAUUUGAGAAGAACUGCUCUAAAGCCUGUAGCCAUCUGCAACAUACAAUGGUUGAAAGAUUGCUCAAUAGUCACUGUCGAGUCAAAGACAAAGAGGGCUGCUGGAUGAUAUUUGCAAUGACGGAACAGCGUGGAUUUGACAAGUACUUUGUCAGAGUUCUCAAAGACAGAGAAUGUCCUGAGGGGCCAAACAUAGGAGGGAUCGUAGGGGGAUCUCUGGCAGGUGUGGCAUUGAUUGGUCUCCUGAUCCUCCUCAUCAUCAAGGCAGUUCUGUAUGCAAGUGACCUUAGAGAAUGGAAGAGGUUUGAAAAAGACAGAAAACAUGAAAAAACAUCUGGUACCAACCCGUUAUUCCAGAAUGCUACAACCACAAUUCAAAACCCAACAUUUUCUGGUGAUUCGUGAGAAAACGUAUUGGUGCUGAACGCAUGAAGCACAUAGGAUGUGUACUAAUAAAUCUAUGGCUUUGAUGCAUGAUCAUUCAAUAAAAUAAAAUAACUUUAACUUUUCUUAAUGUUCAGUGAGAUCUUUAGCAUCUUUAGAGAAGCAUUAUUUUUUGCAAUUUUUUUGACAUUUAUACAUUUUAAAUGUAUUUAACAGUUUAACAUUAAGAAGGCUUUUUUAUAUUUUGUGAAAUGUAUAAAGACUGGUCACAAUAGUUUUAUUUUCAUAUCCACAAAAAUAUAUACAGAGAAAUUAAAUUUUAUUCGUGUUGAGCUUUGAUGGCAAUGAAAUUUAGCCAUUUAACGAAUGCAAACUGUCCCUUCUGGAAGUCAUUUAUAAAUAAAUGCGCCGAGUGUGGAGUACCUCUUGCAAAGAUUUUGGCAGUUCCACUGCUGUAAAGAUGAAGUCUCUGAAGUUGUGCAUUUGUAAAAGCAUUGUUUUUGAAGAUAAGGUAUGUUUCAACGUCUGUCCAUAUGAGAAUAUCUGAGAACUGAGAUCACUAUGUAACACCCCUGUACUGCAUUAUUUUUACAGAUUCCUCGUCAUGAAAUAUAUGAAACAUAGUACUGAACAUAAUACAUUGGCUUUCCAAAUUACUAAGAUAAUAGAACAUUUUUCUUAUAGCUUUGCAUUGUAACCUAACAUAAGUUAUAGAAUAUGUGUGAUUGAGGGCUCUGUAAAUGUCUUAAAUAUAAAUAAAGUUGGAAUUAGAACUGUAA